AUGUCUUCGCCCUCCGAGACGCCGAGCUACACGAACGAUGACCAAACCCCCGAGCUCUCUCGUGCCGCCAGCUACACCGAUCUUCCCAGUCAAAUUACAACAGAACCCAGCUUAAGACGUACAUUUUCUGAUUAUGCUGUUCCAAGCUUGGCGGGGUCACCGACAAAGGAAACCGUGGAUGCCGGGAAGGACAUUCUUCGCCGAACCUCUCUUCGCUCCAAGGACAAGCCGAAGCCAGCCUCCGUCUCACGUUUCACACUGUCGUCAUCGGAGGAUUUGAAGGAUACAGAUUCACAUGUGCCCGAAACUCGGGCGCCGGAGCCCGCUGUGAGACCAUCCAAGAGCCGAUCAAUGUCUGGAAGGAUAGUCAGCCUUGCGAGGAAACCGUGGGGCUCUUCCUCCCGGUCUCCAUCCCCAUCAGCGAAAAGAUCUAAGCAGCAAGAUUCUCAAUCCCCAACUCGAUUCGGCGGUCGAAAAACAGAAGAUGAUCAGCCUCAACCUCCCUCCCGCAGGCGCACGAUUCUCUACAAACGCCCGCGCCGGCCAAUGCUGGCUGUUGUGGCCAAGGGCACCGAAGACAGCCCCGGCUCUCCAAGCAGUCCAUCUGGCAAUUCGCUACGGCACCGGUCCUCAUUUGAAAAGUUCACAGCAUCACUCUCGGUUUCGACCCCGGUCUUACCACCUAUGCCCAAGGGAGCCGCAGAAACUGCCGCGGCGUAUGCGAAUGCCGGUACUGACCAUGCACGCAAAAAGGAUGAGCUUUGGGGUAUCUUUCGGGGCCUGGAGGCGGAUUUCCAAAAAUUUCAAGCCAAAUCUAGCUCGCUGAAAGCCAACGUCAUCCGUACCUCGCUCCUCCCCUUCCUCAGCCGCCAUCACCUCCACACAUCAUGCAAGAACCUCAGACCAGAAGAUCUGGAUCGUCGAGUCAAUAUUCUCAACAAAUGGUGGAUUGGAAUGUUGGAGAUGCUCAACGGCAAGCAUAACCAGUCGAUCUCGGGAACCGACAGACCAGUGUUUCUGGAAGCUGUGGUGGGAAUCAUGGCUCGACCGGAAUGGCGCAUCCCCUUCCCUUUGGCCCAGAAUGGCAGUGGACCUGCGGAUUCAUUAAAGUACGCGUCAACUUCGGUGUCGGAAACAUCGGAUGGCUCAGGCUCCUCGGGUUCGGAUUUCCUGGUUGAAUCGAUUCAUCACAACAUCCGGAACAUCUUUAUCCAAAACCUGCUCUCUCAAAUGGCAUUUGUGGUCGAACGAAUGUCCAUGAGACAUGCACCAGCUAGCCUGGUCGCCUUUUGCGGCAAGGUUUGCUCGUAUGCCUUCUUCUUCUGUCCUGGGGUGCCCGAGAUCCUGGUUCGCCUGUGGUCCACGCCUCCUAAUAUGUUCCGACGCAUCUUGUCAGAAUCGGCCGGGUCACGAACUGGAAACACGCGUGCAUACACGCAAGAACUUGCUCUGUGCUUUCCACCGGCCCUCCGUCCCCUAGCGUUCCACUCACAAGCACCUCUGUUGCGUUAUCUACGCCAGAAACCCGAGCUACCCUUGAACACCACUCCUAUUAAUUGGAAUCGCCCCUGGGUCGCACGAUGGGCUGGACGUGACACGGAUCUCUUCUUUGUCUUCGUUAAAUACAUUCACAUUCUGUAUGCCGAGUAUUUGCCUCCAGAAACUGAAAAGACAAAACGGAUAUUAGCACCUGGGUUGUUGAUGGUUCAUGCGCAACUCCUGCUGGUGCUGGAGGACACGAUCUACAAGCAAUCGGCACAACAGGGGUCCGACAAUCCCCACACAGCGGCUGCAAUCACCUUCGAUGAUUUCAUCGAGUCACCGGAUGCUUCUGCCUCCACUCAACUUCGAAGUGGCAGCAACACUCAUCGGUCUAUGGCAGAGAAUCGUUUGAUCAUCCUCCUCCGAGACCUCCUAUCUGAAUCGUCUGUGGAACCGAAUCGUGCUCGAUUACUUUUUGCCGAAUCCUUCUGUGGCAUUAUCAAAUCUGCAGCGCAGAAAAUGUCUCUCUUUGAUCAUAACGCAUGCUUUUUGUUGUGUGACUUCCUCGAGGAGGUCAUUCCAAUCAUCACACGUUAUGCCCAGUCGAUUGAAACGGAAUUGUUUGAUUGGGGCUUUUGGCUCGACGUUUGUCGCCAAAUGAUGCAGAGCCACAAUUCGCUCACUGAGGUGCGAGUGUUUUCUUUUCUUUUCUGCGUCUGGGGUACCUGGACUGCUGCAGAAGAAAGAAAAGCAUCUGUCUGUCUAGAUUUCUUGUUGCAUGAGCCAGUAUUCUACCACUACUUCACUCACUGGAGUCCAAUGGUGCGAGCCUAUUUCCAUCGUUUGUUGUGUUGGAGGGUCGGGCGGUUUAAUACUGAACCCUCAUCACUCGACUCCAACACCUAUGAACUUCUUUCAGAUCGACUCCUACGAGUCUGGGAGUAUUACAUCGGGUUUCAGUCUAAGGCCGAGGAGAACAUGACAGCCCCUUUGUCCUCUGCUCCCUGUACACCGGCCCCAGGACGAAGAAUCAUCAUUAUCCGAUGCGAAAAUCAACUGUCUCCUGUCAAUCUCUUUGUCAGCUUCGACCGAGUCGUUCCACCCGUUUCUUCGGACCAACUUAUGUCACACCGUCGAACCGGAUCUUCCGACUCCAAUGGCUCAGAUGGUCAACCACCUAAAAAGCGAUGGGGAAUACUCAAGGCUAUGUUUGGCAGCUCUUCCAACGCACGUUCCGGCGAUGGUGUCAGCAGCAGCAGUUCUGAUGACUCUGAGAAUGGCGUAUCAGAUCCAACAAUGACUGCUGAUAGCAAAUGUAUGGAUGAACACGAACACACUCCGGUCAACAGUAUGGAGGAGAUCAUCCGCCCCAAAGCUCCCCACCAGCCAUUCUUUUUCAAAUUCUCCUUGGAAUGGAUGGAUCGCCCACAAUGGCCCACCAAAAACAAGCGUCUUUUCACCCCUUGUCUCCCUGUCGCAUCACAAUUGCACGUUGAGCAUCGGCGCUCUCCUGACAAGUCGGAUUAUGACACAGCCUCAGAGAAUCCGGGCCAGUCCGACUUCGAGAAUGAUGAACAAGAACCAGAAAUUCCCACCACCAACCAAGAUACCCCCACGCAACCUACCUCAGAUACCUGGCCGCGAACACCUACAACUAAGAACUCCCCCUUACCCGAACUUCCUUCCCAGCCUUCUUACGACCAUCUUGUGCCUAGCAAAUAUGCAGGCCGCGCCCUCGCGGAGUGGGCACACAUUGUCUCCGAAUGCGAUAGCUUUUUCGCCCGUCGUCGUGACGAGGGUGUCCCCACUGAUCGCAUGGUGGAAACCCCAACCCUGGGGGUUGAGAGCUUCCGCAAAUAA